CUUGUGAGUCCCGGUCCCUCCCAGCGCGGCCUCCCCGCCCCGCCCGGCCCGGCCCGGCCCGGCCCGGUGGCUCCGGCAGGAGAACCUAACUGACAAGGCUGUCGUGUUAUGACGACCCCCAACAAAGGAAACAAGGCCUUGAAGGUGAAGAGGGAGCCAGGUGAGAAUGGGACCAGCUUGACAGAUGAGGAGCUGGUGACCAUGUCUGUGCGAGAGCUGAACCAGCAUUUACGGGGCCUGUCAAAAGAGGAGAUCAUCCAGCUGAAGCAGCGUCGGCGCACGCUGAAGAACCGGGGUUACGCAGCCAGCUGCAGAGUGAAGCGCGUUACCCAGAAGGAGGAACUGGAGAAGCAGAAGGCAGAGCUGCAGCAAGAAGUGGAGAAGCUGGCCUCAGAGAACGCCAGCAUGAAAAUGGAACUCGAUGCUCUCCGCUCCAAAUACGAGGCUCUCCAGAACUUCGCCAGAACCGUGGCCCGGAGCCCCGUGACCCCUGCACGGGGGCCUCUCACUUCCAGUAUGGGGCCCCUCGUCCCUGGCAAGUGUCCGCCGCCUUUGUACGCGAAUAAACCGCUUCAACAGCCGCCGCCUGCGCGUCCUUGGGGGGCCGCCCGGCACCAGGGGGCGCUGCCGCGCGCGGGGGCGGUGCCGGAAGCGGCGCGCGCUCUGACCGGAAGGCGGAAGCGGCGGAGCUGAGCCCGGUGGCGGCGGAGGCGCGGCGGGUCCGGGGCGAUGGCGGCGGGCGGCAGCCUGAGCCGCUCCGAGCGGAAAGCGGCGGCGCGCGCCGAGAUCCUGCAGCAGGAGGAGCAGCGGGACCGCCGGAGACAGGUAUCCCGCAUCUGGAGGAAGCCGCCGGCGGAGCGGAGCCCCGAGGAGUGCCAGGUGCUGAGUGAGAGCGAGGACAUCGUCAGGGAGCUGGAGCGGCGCCGCAAGCGGCGCGAGCGGCUGCGGCGGCGGCAAGAAGAGGUGUGUGAUGAACCAGAGGAGCUGAAGAGAAAGGUGGCUGAGCUGGCAGCAGCCGUGCGGAGCGCCAGGCACCUCGUCAUCUACACAGGCGCUGGGAUCAGCACGGCAGCUUCAAUCCCAGACUACAGAGGCCCCAACGGCAUUUGGACACUGCUGCAGAAGGGCAGGAGCAUCAGGGCUGCAGACCUGAGUGAGGCAGAGCCCACGCUCACUCAUAUGGGCAUUGCCUGCCUGCACAAGCACAACCUGGUGCAGCAUGUGGUGUCUCAGAACUGUGAUGGGCUGCACCUGCGGAGCGGGUUACCCCGAGCUGCAAUAUCUGAGCUUCAUGGGAACAUGUACAUAGAGGUCUGCACUUCCUGUACACCCAACAGAGAGUACGUGCGAGUGUUUGAUGUGACGGAGCGCACAGCCCUGCACAGGCAUCACACGGGCAGGAUGUGCCACAAGUGUGGGGCACAGUUGAGAGAUACAAUCGUCCACUUUGGGGAGAAGGGGACAUUGAGACAGCCCCUGAACUGGGAAGCAGCAACAGAAGCUGCAAGCAAAGCAGAUGUGAUUCUUUGUCUGGGUUCCAGCUUAAAGGUUUUGAAAAAGUAUCCACGGCUCUGGUGCAUGAGCAAGCCCCCCCCACGCCGACCCAAGCUGUAUAUUGUGAACCUGCAGUGGACUCCGAAGGACGACCUGGCCGCCCUGAAGCUGCAUGGCCGCUGCGACGACGUGAUGCGGCUGCUGAUGGCGGAGCUGGGGCUGGAAAUUCCGCGCUACGACCGGGCGCGGGACCCCAUCUUCGCGUUGGCCGAGCCGCUGCGCCCCGAGGAGGAGGGCACGCACUCGCGGAAACCGGUGGCGCCGCCCCGGGAGGAGCCCCGGGAGCAGGAGGAGCCCCGGGAGCGGGCGGAGGCGGCGGUCGGGCGCCCCGGGGGGUGGCUCGGCCGCGGCUGCGCCAAGGGCGCCCGGCGCAGGAAGAGCCGCUGAGCGCGGGGCGGGGCGGGGCGG